UUUCUAACUCUUAUGCCCGUCCCUUAAUAAUUCAGCUUCUCUUUAUUUGUGAUAUUGUACUUCAAUUUUGUCUUAUGUGUGUAUGCAUUUAAAAGAGCAUCGGAAAGUGUUGUUAACUUGAGUUGUUUCUCUCUUAUACCGGCAGUUCUUAUGUUACAUGAUGACAUUGUCUUAAGUUUGAGUGUGUGUUUAAAUUUGUUUGUAUUUGCCUGUGAAUUUGUAUGAUGCUUUGUUGGUAUCUUAUUGCUAGGUUCAUCUGAAUAUAUAUCAUUUUAAUGUUAGCUUACCCUUUAUAAAUAUCUGUGCAUGAGAAAGGAUAACCUCAUUUUUAAGCUGGAAGACUCUCGUACAUAACUUCUUUCAAUUAUUUGAUGGGUUUGCUUCUGUAAGCAUUUUAUGGACAUAAAUAUAAAUCUGUGGGUCUAAAUUUGGUUCCCAAAGUUCUAGUGAUAGUGGAAAGAAAAGAUAUAGAAUCAUUUUAGUAUCUUAUCCAAGUUGACAAGAUAAUAAUUUGAUAUUAUUAAUGGUGCUUGCAUCCACACUUGGGAUUCAUUGUAUGGUCUUGAUCUGCGUUCUGUGUUUUGUUCCAGUAUUUCCGCUUUCCUUCAAGUAGUUAAACAGGACUUAAAAUCCCAUAUGGGGUUUUCUGAGUCUCAUUUAUUCUAUCAACUGAAAAUUUUAUGUGCAUUCUUCGGAAUUGGUCGUGAUUUGAAAUUAUAUUUUUAUCAUAUUGAUGAUUUUGCCGGAGCGUGAACUGUCCAAAAAUUAAACAGCAUGUUGCUAAAGAGGUAAUGGACAAAACAUAUCUGAUUUUGGUCAUUUCAAGAUUUUAUUUGAUGCUGUAGUACAUAUAUGCACACAUGAUGAUGCCCUUGUUUUUCAUAGCAGAUUUCUACAAACUCAGGUUGAGGUGUACUUGUUUCUUUGAGUUGCUAAGACUUUCUCACUCCUACAUAAUACUGCCUUGCUUUGCCGAGCAGAUAAACGGAAAACCAAGAUUGGAUUCCUUUACUUAAGAUAUGCCGCUGAUGCAAAGACUUUGUGGAAUUGGUGUGAACCAUACAUUAAAGAUGAUGAGGAAUUCUCUCCUGGUUCUAAUGGACGAAACACUACAAUGGGUGUUUAUGUGCGUGAUUUACUUCUUGGGCAGUAUUACUUUGAUACUCUUUUCCCCCGAAUUCCUGUUCCUGUAAUGCGGCAGAUUGUGUCUAAUCUUGAGAAGAUGAAGCUCCCCACUAAACCUUCUGGUGCAACAGGGGAUGCAGUUCGCCAUGGUUCCGAUGACACUGCACGCCGGCCACCAUCUGUGAAGGCUGCACUUUCAGUCUCUUUUGGUCAGCGUGCUCCACAUCGUGCAUCAACCAGGGACUCAUCACCUGUUCGUCGUACGAUACCGCCCCCACCCUCCUCUUAUGAAAGGAAUAGUGAUGAUCCAAGAAGAUCUCCUAGAAGUCGUCGCAGCCAGAGUCGUGAAUAUUCUGAUAAAGAAUAUUCUGACAGGGACAGGGACAGAGAUAGGGAUCAGGAUAGGAACAGAGAAAGAGAACGGGACAGAGAACAUGAUAGGGGCCGAGAUAGGGACAGAGAACGAAGGUAUGAUUACGAUCGGAGAUCAAGAUAUUCUGAGAGGGAUGGCAGAAGGGACUAUGAAAGGAGCAGUCAUGACAGUAGGCAUUAUAGAGAAAGUAGUUCUCAUAGAAGCCGUAGCCGGAGUAGGAGUCGUAGCCGAAGCAGGAGCAGAAGUCGAAGUAUACAAGCUGGUGCUUCACCAUUUGAUCGUCAUUCAAGUCCAUAUAGGGACGGGGGCAAGGAGAAGAGGACAUCUGCAUCUAGCAAUUUGGCGAAGCUCAAGGAUCUUUAUGGCGACUUAAGUGAUCAGAGAGGGGAUGGUGGCGUGGAAAGGGCUCCUCGAAGAGAUGAUAGUAGUGAAGAGAUCAUUCGGCUUGGUGGUUCUACUUGGAAAUAGUUAAAAGAAUGCAUUGUUGUGCUAGUCGCACAUAAAUUCUCUAUCACUUGAGUUGUGAGGUGGCCUAACUUGUUUGUCCGAGUCAAGGAAACAAUUGCAUUUCAUCAGCUUCUUAUUCUCUCUGUAGGUAUAGUAACAGAUUGUUGGUGGAUGAUAUUUAUACCAGCACAUGUAAUUCAUGUGCAGAGUCAGAGGGAUGUAUGUACAAUAGGUUCUCUUUCCUUGCCCAAGUCUUACACUGAAAUUAAUGCUUCAUGCAAGUAGAAUUAAUUUUUCUUUAGACA